UCGGAUCUCCUUCAUUGAGGUGAGAGGCGAUCUUUGUCAGGCGCAACAGUGAUGCGAUUUUUGUCAGGCGCAACGGUGAUGCGAUUUUUGUCAGGCGCAACGGUGAUGAUGAUCAGGGAAGGAAGGAGAAAGAAAUAAGGUGGAUGAGGAGGAAGGAAGAAGGAGGAAGGAAGGGGAGAACGUUGUCUGGUCGUGCAAGCACGACGAGGAAGGAAGGAAUGUGGAAGUGGAGGCGUAGUGGAGAAAGAGAAAGGAGGGAAGGGACGAUCACAGAUCUGCUCUUUCUGAGCCAGGCCCGGAUGCGUCACGGAUUCCAAGGUUGGCGAAGAGAAAAACGGUAGGAGAAGGAACAGGAGGAAAAGCAGCAACAGGAGCAGCAGGGUAGAGGAGAAGUUCGAUAGCGAGGAGGGCCGGGAAAAUACCGGCGAGGAGAAGCACUGAGGUGGAAAAGGGCGUGUGAGAUAUCGUCUGAGCAGUCCACGACUUCGCCGGCGAAGAUGGGGUGUAGUAACAGCAAGCCUGGCAGAGGUAAUCCCAUCCAACUGGAAGAACUACUUUGACAGUCUGGUCAUGGAUGUUGAGUCCGGAUCGAACUAUUGAACUUUCGCAAAGCAAAUCGCUCUCUGUCCUUCUAAUAAACUGAGUGAGAGAGGUAAUUUCUUUACGCUGCGGUAAUUUCUCUACGCUGCCGUAACCAUCUAUGCUAAUAAGGUUUACCGCUCGAUGGUCUCAGUGUUGUACUAGACUCGUGAUGAUGGUGCUCCUCCAGCGGGAGGGAACUACGGGCCGAUUGCAUACGAACGUCGAGCUAGUGGGCUGGUAUACGGAGGAGAGGAGUGAGGAGAAGGAGAACAAGGACAAGGAGGAGAAGAAGAAGGAGAAUAAGAAGGAGAAGACGAUGGAGAAGAAGAAGAAGGGGAAGACAAAGAAGGGAGGGGAGAACAGAAGAGUUUGGGGUCAGACCAAAAAGCGACCAGUUGAGACGAUUGUUAUUUCUUUCCGUGUCAGUCAGAUCGAUGCUGGCGGACUGGCGGUCGUGCUUCUGAAGCGACGCAACUGCAGAAUCAUUAGCAGGAGGAUGGGCUUUCGGUACCUCGAUGGCGAGCUGGAGCUAUGGCGCUGCAGGUUGGUCAUGCCUCCUCGGCGGGAUCGUGCACGACAGGAGCAGGAGCAUGGACGAUGGGUGCUCCUACUUGUAGCUGCGGCGAUCAUAGCCAUACAAGGCACGCAGGAAAUGGAGACACUUGCGCGGCAGAUGGCAUUGCUCCUCCAACACUUCAUGCAGAUGUCUUUUGAGAGUGAUUUGCUGCAACUGGCCGUGUUGGAUUCAUCCUUCAUGAUAAUGGCGACGGCUAUGGCUGUUAUGGAGGGACCCUCUCCACCUCGAUGGUGGGUUCGGCCGAGGGCAGAUGGGGCGUGGCGUAAUAUGACACGAGGCGAUGACGCUGCUGAAGACUAUUACUUCGACAACAUCAGGAUGGGAGAGGCGGUGUUCCGUGGCCUCGUUGUGAACCUGGAACCAUACCUGCAGCGCCAACACACAUGGUACAGGAUGCCCACGCCACCGGACAAACUGGUCGAGUACGCCCUGUACAGGUGGGCAACUGGCGCAAGCUACAAACAUUCCUCUGCUUCUUUCGGGAUUGGGCGGGAGACCGGGAGGACAGCGGUUCGCGACGUCACCUUGACUAUCCUACGAGCGUAUCCGGAUGAGAUUGCAUUCCCGAGUGGUCAGCAUUUACAAGAGGCUUUCGCGGCGUUCGGGACGAAGGGGUUCCCUCGUUGCUAUGGUGCAAUCGACUGCAUUCACAUUUUCAUCGACAAGCCCACAGGGGAGAUGGCAAGACCGUACGUUGACCGACAUCGACGGUUCUUUGUGGUGGCGCAGGUCGUCGUCGGCAUGGACCUGAAGAUCUACGACGUGUACGUAGGGUGGCCGGGCAGUGUGCAUGACGUGCGCGUGCUGAUGAACUCGGCUCUACGUGAGAGGGCUGAAGACGGAUCACUGUUUCGUGCUGAUCCGCUUGCCCUCCCUGGCGGGAUUGAGUCCAGAGGUUACUUACUGGGGGAUGGCGGGUAUCCUAGCCUGCCAUGGUUGGUGGUGCCUUUUGGAGGGCGUCAAGAGGAUGGCUCUGACACGGAGGUGUACGACAGUGCGCAGAAAAGAUGUCGUGGUUGUGUGGAAAGAGCAUUCGGCAGGCUCUAAGGCAUGUGGCGCAUGUUUCUGCGCACCCAUAAACCUCACAUCACUUCGUUGUCCCUGCAGUUCCGUGUCG